UGGUCAGCUGUUGACCUGUUUAGGGACCGACUUCCACCGUGGAGCUGGAGUCCUUGAUGUCUUCUACGAAACACCCUCCCUUCUCCUUUCUUGUGGGUAUGACACCUACAUCCGCUACUGGGACAUAAGGACCAGCACCAGGAAGUGCGUCCAGGAGUGGGAAGAGCCCCAUGACAGUGCCCUGUACUGCAUAGGGAGUGAUAAGAACCAUAUGAUUGCCAGUGGCUCUUCUUACUACGGCGUGGUGCGCCUCUGGGACAAGCGACAGACUCAGUGCCUGCAGAGCUUUCACCUGUCUUCACCCACCAGCAGCCCAGUAUACUGCCUCCGUUUCAGUACCACCCACCUAUAUGCUGCCCUGGCAUCAGCACUGCACGUCCUGGACUUCACGGCCCCCUGAGGGGCACCACAGCUGCUUCUGGUCACCCCAACGCAGCAGAGCUGACACUUGGCUCAGGGAAUUGCAGGGCAGGAGAGGUGAGAAUGGCCCACAAGGCUUCUGAAGGGACUUUUUUGCCUGCCAGAAAGCUACAAUGAAGACUGCACAAAAGGGUCAAACUUUCUCAACCUCACCUGCCUGUUAGUGGAAAUAAAUGGCCAACUGUCCUCUACCCUUUUUAUUUUGUGCAAGUUAGGGUUUGUUUUACUAACUGUGUUACUUUUUUUCUUUUUUUUGCCCUCUUACUUUUCCUGUGGAUACAGUCUUUGGAGGGCAAGUUGAGCCAGAAUGCCCUAUCAGCUGUGUACGCUGGUCAGGCUGAGAUCAGCCAAGCUCUGAGCCAUUUGAAGCAAGUCUAGGCUAUGUGUGGGGUGGACUGAUUUGGUGGAAGGGAAAGGUCCCUGGACUGGGGCCCACCUUUCUCGUGCACUUUCUCUCCUGACAGCUGCUUGUGUUGUCCUUCACAGCCAAGAGUAACAACUGAGCUAAAAGGCAGAGCCAGCCCUGCUUUCAGUGUGUGCCUCCCCAAGCUGGCUGUAAGGUCAGGCUGUGCACUCGGCAGGGCUGAAAUGGUCAUGUUUUGCUAAAUAAAACUGAAGGGAAACAAAA